AUGAAACAGGCAAAUAAAAAUUUCAGCCUUUCAAAUUACAAUUUAGAUUUAAUUAAAUGUUUACAAGAUGACUCAGGGAUAUAUUUCAUUUUAGAUCCUAGUAAAGCUAUUAAUGAGAAAAAACAAUCAGAUGUGUAUGAUAUAUUUGUACCAGAAGAUACAGAGGGUGUAACACUUCAUGUUCAAAAAGUGAAUGAUGAAUAUAAAUGUAUUGGUGUUAGUAUAACUAAAAAAGGUAUAGAUAUAAAUUCAGGAACUCGUAUUUUCAAUUCCAAAAUUUCGGAUUGGCUAGAACAGUUAUUUGUUUUCAAUAAGAACUUAGUAAAUAAUGGUGUACAAAUAAAUGACAAACUGAAAAAAAGUACCAAUAACAAUUCUGUUCUUAACACAAACAAUAUUAAUUCUAAUGGUGCUUUCAUGAAUGGUGAUAUUAACGGAAAUUUAAAUAUUCCUAUAAAUGCUAUCAAUUAUAAGAAUGAUAAAUUUAUAAAUAAAGGUAGCAAUAUCAAUAUUAUAAAUGAUGGUAGCAAUUUAACAAACACUAAAAAUCCAAAUUACAAUAAUAUGAAACGUGCGUCUGGUACCUCAGCUUUACAAGAUACAACAACUACUAAUUUAAUAAAAAAUAAAUAUAAUAAUAUAGAAUAUUUUGAAAAUAAGGAAAAAAACAACCUAAUGAUUCCUAACAAUAAUAAUAAUAAUAAUAGUAAUAAUAAUAGUAAUAAUAGUAAUAAUAAUAAUAAUAAUAAUAAUAUGAAUGGUCAUAUUAAUAAUUCUCAUUUAUCGAAUAAAAAGGGAAAUAAAAAUAAUAACCAACAUAAUUGCAAUAUAAACCAUAACAUGAAUAAUAAUAAUAAUAAUAAUAAUAAUAAUUUUAUUGGUAAUAAUAAUUUACCUUCAACACAAAUGCAAAAACAAAAUAGAUUAAAUCAUGUAAAUAGUAAUAGCAAUAAUAUUAAUAAAAAUAGUCAUCCAAAUAAAUCAAAUGUGAUCACUUAUAAGAAUAUGAAUUUGGAUGAAAAAAAUAGUAAACUAUUUAACAAUAUUAAUGCUACUAGUUUAUUAAUGAAUAAAAAUAUUCUAUCUAAUGUAAAUGCUUUAGCAGCUCAAAUAUCCCUAGGAUCAACCUCUGAUUUUAUGAAGAAUAAUAAAUUAGGUGUAGGACAUACAACUAACAAUAGGCAGAAAAAUAAUACAUAUAAUUUACAUAAUCAUGCACAGAAUGAAUUAUUUAAUUUACCAAAUCAACAUCAAAAUAAUAAUAUGUUUAAUAACAACAAUAAAUCACAAUUACAUCAGUUACAAAAUUUGCAAAAUCAAACAAAUAUACAUCAACAUAUUCCAAAUCAAAAUUUAACAAGUCAACAAAUACAACAAUCAUAUAAUGAUAAUUUUACAUAUCGACCAACAUUAUUUAAUUUGUUAGAAGUUUUAGCUAAUCAUAAUAUUACAACUCCCGAUCAACGUGUAUGUAUUAGAGGUAUUGUUACCGAUUUCUUGAAUAAUGAAUUACCUCAUGGAAAAAUAUAUGCAUAUAUUGGUGCCGUUGUAGGGCAUGAUAUACUACAUGAUAUUAUUAAAAAAUUAGAAAAGGAUCCCAACAGAAAUAUGGUCCCCGAUGCAUCAGGAUUAGCUAGAAUAGAAGCAGCAUUUGGAUUGAGCAAAUCCUCCUAUGAUUUUAUGAAUAAUAAUUCACAGAAUUCCACCGUAAGUAAUUUAUCUAAUGUACUCUUUAAUAAUCGUAAUUUAAAUAGUGCACUAUUAAAUAACCAAUUUUAUUCUAAUAUAUUAUCAAAUGUAGCUAAUAAUGCUUUUUAUGCUAAUAAUAAUAAUUUAAAUAAUAAUGAAAGGAUGAACCUUGAUAAUGAUAAAAUAUUAAAUAGUAAAGUAGCAGCAGAUAUAAGUAAUUUGUUGAAAUAUGCAAAAAAUGAAAAAAUGUCUAUUCCGGGUAAUAAUAACUUAAUGAAUUUUAAUCGAAAAAAAGGAACCAAUUUUAAUAAUUUGAUGAAUUUAAGAAAUGAUCAUCCAAAUAAUAAUAAUAAUAAUAAUAAUAACAAUAAUAAUAAUAAUAGUAAUAUGAAUGGUUUUAAUAAUUAUAAUAAUAAUAAUAAUAAUAAUUUAAAUAAUAAUAUGAAUAAUUUUAAUAAUAAUAGUAGAAAUACAAUUCCUCAAGAUCUUCUUAGUGCAGCUACUAGAAAUUUUAAUAUGCAAUUCCAACAUAAAAAUAGCUUUUCUGAUGAAGAAGAAGAAUUAAUGAAAGUUAUUAAGAAAAAUAUAGAAUCAUAUAAAAUGAAUAAUAUUAAGAAUAUCCUAAUUUCAUCUGUUUUUGGUAGAAUUAAAUGGUUAAAAAUUAUGAACGAAUCACCACAUGCAUAUUUAUAUGGACAUAGUAUAGUAAAAUUUGGUAACAAAUUAUAUAUGUUUGGUGGUUCGAAUGGUAAAAAUAAAAAAGUUCCUUUUAAUCAUACAUUAACAUUUAGUUUAAUUUAUUACAAUUACAAAUUAUUACCUUUAAGUGGUAACUGUCCUGAAGAAAGAGAGGGACAUAGUACACAUUUAGUUUCAUUGAAUAAUGGUUUAUCUGUAUUCUUAUUUGGUGGUAGUAAUGAAAAUACUUAUUACAAUGAUAUAUAUCUUUUAGAUAUGGAAACACGUAAAUGGACACGUAGAAGUGUUAAAGGAAAAAUACCUUUACCCAGAGAUCAACAUUCAUCACUAGUAUAUCCAGCCAAAUGUGAACAUGUAAGAGGAGAAAAACCAAACUUAACAGAAGGAGUUAUAAUAUUUGGAGGAAAAUGUUUAUAUAAUAAUAGUAUUGUCAGUUUAAAUGACAUGUGGAUAUUUUCAUUUGAUUCAAAUGUAUGGAUUCGUAUUAACUACCUAUGUGAUGAUAUACCCAUAGGAAGAUUUGGAAUGAACUUGGUAUGGUCCGAUACGAAUACCAUAUGUCUAUUUGGUGGAGAAUAUUGUGAAAUUUCUAAAACACAUAAAGAAAGAAGAUUAUUAGAUGAUAUGUGGAUCUUUAAAGUACAUAAUAAUGUACAUAUCAAUGCUAAUGCAAAUGAUGAAACAACAUAUAAUAAUGGUAUGGAUUCAGCAAAAAAUGAUAAAAAUCAUACCCAUAAUAAUAAUAAUAAUAAUAAUAAUAAUAAUUUAGCUGAAAAAAAUAAUAAUGCAAACAAUAAUAAUAUGCGCUCAAAUGAUAAGGAACAUGCAGAUAAUGUAAAGGACAAAAGUAAUAAUAACAAAAAAUUUAGAAUGGUUGGAGAAUGGUAUAGAGAAACUUACGAAGGAGAUAUUGGAUGUCGUUCAAAUUAUAGUAGUGUUUUUAUUACACAAAGACAUCAAGAUUUUAAAGGCGCAGAACCUAAAACUAUUGAAAGGUUAAUGAUUUUAUGUAGUGGAAUAACUUAUUUAUAUAAAGAAAAUAAACAAAAAAUUGUAUCUACAGAUGAAGUUUUUGUUUAUUUCUUUUCACAAAGAAAAUGGUAUUUAUUAAAAGGAAAAUUAUGUAAUGACGAAUAUUUAUAUAAUGGUAGACAAAGACAUGUAGGAUGUUUUUUCGAAUCAAAAAAUGUAUUAGGAAGAGCAAAUAGAAAUCCAGUUCCAUGUGUAUUUAUACAAGGAGGAUUUAAAAAAAAUUCAGUUUUUGGUGAUGCUUGGUUAUUAUCAUUAACUGGAGAAAAUCCAUUAAGAGUCCAAGAAUAUGAUACAACCAGAGAAAGAAUAAGCACUACACAAAUGCCACUUUAUUAUUUUAGGGAUACACAUUCUAUUAGUUUACUCUAUAGUUUUUGUACCUUACAAAAAUGGCUAUUUGGAGCUUUUGCUAAUUUAGUAGACAAUUGUGUACACGCUCAUAAUCCAGCAGAAAAUGUUUUUAUCAAAUAUGAAUUAACACCUGAACAUGAUGGUAUGUUAUCCAUUCAAGAUGAUGGUGAAGGAUUAGAUUUUAAUGCCAUGAACAGAGUACUAAGAAUGUAUGGAAAUUAUAAAUAUCAAGAUAAUAGUAGUGUUGUUUUAUAUAAUAGUGGCACUAAUAUAAAAAAACAUGCAUUACCUAAUAAUGAUUUUAUUAAUAACAAAGGUGAUGAUUAUAAUGAUUACCAAAAUGAAAAUGAAUAUAGUAAUAAAAGAAAUGCAUCUAGUAAAAAUGUAUUAUUAGAUGAUACUAGUAAUGCAUUACCACAUAAAAAGAAACAAAAAAAUACAACACAUAAUGAUGAUAAAAAUAAUAAUAAUGAAAAUGAUUUAGAUAAUGAAGAAAAUGAUCACAUAACUGGGGAUCAUAAUAAAAAUGAAGAAGAUGAAAAUAAAAUAGGAACAAAUAAUGCAUAUGAUAAUGAUCAAAAUAAUGGUUAUGUUAGUGAUGAUUAUUAUACGAAAAAUUAUGAUCAAGAAUUAUUUUAUAAUGAAAAUGUAAAUAAUAUAUUUGACGUAAAAUAUGGAGUAGGCUUUAAAAUGUCCUUUGCAAGAAUUUCUUCAAGUUGUGCUAUAAUGUCUAGAACAUUUAAUACUAUAGGUAUAGGUUUAUUAUCCCUAGAAUUAAUGAAUCACUGUGAGGCUAAAGAAUUGGCUACACCAUUAUGUAUGUGGAAGUUACCUAAUAAAGAAUUGAUUAAUAGAAAUAUUGCGAAUAAAUCUGAACAUAGACAUCAUCAAAAAUUGUUAAUGUCUUAUACUCCAUUUAAUAGUCCUAGUUUAUUAGCAGAACAAAUUAAUAUAUUAGGUACUUAUAGUGGAACAAGGCUAUUAUAUUGGGAUUUUAGGGAUGAUAUGGAUUUUAUAAUUUUUUCUCCUCUAAAUAAUAACAUAUAUUUGAGUAGUUCACCCUUAAGUGUGGACGAAAUUAAAUAUACCAAGAAAAAGAAAAAUAACAACAAGAAUAACAAGAAUAUGUUAAAUGAUGACAAUAGUAAUAAACUAGUGUCCUGUGUCGAAGAUGUUAAAUUAAGUAAUAGAGGGGAUAUUAAGAGAAAGGGAAAUUUUGAUGAAGAAAAUGUAAAGAAGGUAAAAAUACAACAUAAUGAAUCUUGUGCUAAUGUGUCUGUUAAUGAAAAAGAUGAGAAUGAAGAAAGCCAACAUGUGAAAAAUGACGAUAUUGAUAAAAAUGCAUGUACAAAAUUAGAAAAUAUGAAAAAAGAAGAUGCAAAUGAAAAGGAUGAUAAUGAUGAUGAUAAUAAUAAUAAUAAUAAUGAGAAUGAGAAUGAGCAUAAUAAUAAUUACAAAGAUCAAAUAUUUAAAGAAAAUGAACAAUACCAAUAUUACAACAGUACAAUUAAAAAAUUAAAUCUCUUUGAAUAUAACUCUCAUUUGCAUGCAUCGAUAUCAAAAGAUAAAUAUAAAGCUAGCCAAAUAUUCCCCUUGUGGGAUCAUCCAAAAGAUAGUAUAGAUUAUUGUUUAUCUACCUAUUUAUACUGGUUAUAUUUAAGAAGAAGUACAAAUAUAUUUUUACAAAACACUUUACUUAUACCAACAUGUAUGAGAAAACAUGACAAUGAGGAUGAUUCCGAGAAAAAGAACAAAAAGAAAAAGAAAAAGAAAGGAAAAAAAUUAAAUGCGAAAAAAAAGAAUUUGCAAGAGGAAAAUAACACAACUGAACAAAAUUUAUCUUUAAGUAAAGAUAAUAAUUCAAACAAGGAGAAUGAAGAAAACGUAGAUCUGAAUCAACAUAAUGAUGAAGAAAAGAAUAGUAAAGGAAAGGAUGGUGAUGAUGAACCAAAUGAAAACAACAAUAAUUCUAAUCAUGAUAAGAGUGAAGCAGAUAAUAUAGACAAUGAUGUUAUUAAUAAUGACAAUAAGAAAGUUACAAAAGAACAAAUGCAAAAAACUAAAUUUGAAGAAGCACUGGAAUAUGGUAUUUCACAAGAGAGCGCAAGAAAAAAUGGCAUGAAAUAUAAUGAAGAAAUAGAAGAAGAUGAUGAAGAAGAGGAUGAUGAAGAUGGUGAUGAAGAAGAUGAUGAUGAUGAUGAAGAAGGUGACGAUGAUGAAGAAGAAGGUGAUGAUGAUGAGGAGGAGGUUGAAGAAGAUGAAGAAAAAGACCAUGCAAAGGAAGAGAAAAAAGAGGAUGAUGAGGAAAAGGAAGUAAAAAAUCAAAAUGAAAACGAAAUAGAUAAUGAAAAUGAUAAUGCAAUUGAUGAGAAAUCAAAUGAAGGAUCAAAUGAAAAUAAUGAAGAAGCUGAUAAAGAAGUAAAAGAUACCGAUGAAAAUAAUAAUAAUAAUAAUAGUGGUGAUGAAAAUGUAGAAAAUGAUAAUGAAAGCAAACAAAAAAAGAAAAAACAAGAAGAAAAUGAAGUAAAUGAAGUACAUGAAAUAAGAACAAGAACUCGUGUAAAGAAUGAAAAGAAUUUAAGCAAAAAGAAAAAGAAGGUAGAUAAAAGUAGUGAUUCAAAAAAUAAUGAAAGUGAAAAAAUUAGACAAGGAAGUUAUGUUAAUAUAUAUAUGGAUGGUUUAAAAAUAAAAGAUGAAUAUUAUAUAAAUAAUACAAGUAAAUAUACUUUAUAUAAUUUCUUAAGAACAAAAUUACAUAAAAUGGUAGAAUUCCAUUAUUUGUUUACACCUUCAGAUUAUGAGUAUGGAUCAUUUAUUAUGAUGGGAUUUUUAAAUGAUAACAAUAGUCCAUCUAUUGAAGUUAAUAGAGUAUGUGAAGCCGGAAUUUUAUUAUAUUAUAAAAAUAGAUUAAUUAAAAGAUUAGAUGCACCUUUUAUAGAUACUGCAUAUAACCUUGCCUUAGCAAAAUACCCACCCAAUCCAUCAUUAUAUGAAGGAAAUCUAUAUAAAUAUGCACUUACUGUUAUUGUUAAUGUACCUUAUUGGCUUAAGCCAUCUAUUAGUAAACAAGAAUUCAUUCAUGAAAAUAAUUAUGCUUUCCUUGUUUUUAAAAAGAAACUUAUCGGAUUAAUUAAACAUUAUCUUCUUAUAUGUCAAGAUAAUAUGAAAUUAAGAAAAUGGAGAGAAUCACGUGAUUUGAAAUUAAAACGAUAUCUUGAUAAAUCCAAUUUUAGUUUUGAUAAGUCAAAAAUUGAAUCGGAUAAUGAUGAUGAAAAUGACUACAAAAUAAACAAUCAACCCAAAGAAAAUGCACAAAGUACAAAAGAAGAAAAAGGAAAAAACGCACAACCUAAUAAUAAUGAAAACGAUAAAAAUGAAGAUAAUGAAGCAAAUGAAAAGGAUGACGAUUCUACAAAUAGAAAUGAUAAUAAUAGAAAUUCACCUAAUGAAGAAGAAAAUGAAGGAACACCAGAUGAUAAUGAAGAUGAAAAUGAUGAUAGUAAUAACUCAAACAAUUCUAAUCAAGAACAAAAAGAAAAAAAUUUAGAGAACGAUGAAGAAGAAGCUACUGAUGAUAAUGAAGAAAAAAAUGAAGAAGAAAAAAAUGAUGAUAAUGAAGAAGAGGAUGAAUAUGAAAAUAAUGAUCAUACAAAUUAUAAUAAAAAUAAUAGUGAUGAUGUAAAUGAAGAUAAUAAUAAAUCAUUAGAAGAUGCCGAGGAGGAAGAUACCAUAUAA